AUGAGUCUGAUAGAGCAAGUGAAAAUGAGAAAUAUGGAAGUGAUAGUAAUUCUUCUAGAAGUAUUUGAUGAAGGGUGUUCAGUAACUUUUGGUACCCGAACAACGAUAGAAGAUAUUGCUUCAAAAUCAUCACAAAGAUAA